CGGCCCCACCAUUGCACGCCCCACUCGCGCGCACACCGAACAUCCGCCGCCGCCGCCGCCGCCACAGCAGCAGCAGCAGUCUUUGAUUCUCGUAAAGUCGUAACACAAAAUAGUAAAUACAAUAUCACGAUAUUCAUUAUUCACUAUUCACGGUGAAUAGUGAUAGAAGAAAAAAAAAAAAAAAAAAGUAAAAAUAUCGAAGACAAAAAAAGAAGACUGCGAUAAUACGUAAAGUCGAACGCGUUUCGUUUUUCCGACUUAUCAUCCCGUUGUCGGACUCGGGUACAUCGUUUUGGACUCGUCACCGUGUUUUUGUUGUCCCUCCCGUUACCGACUUUUUUGUUAAUACAUUUUUAUCAUUUGUCCGCCGCCGUCGCCGACCACGACGAUUAAUUAUUAUUGCCGACGUUUUCGUCCCCAAACCCGUUGAUUCUGUUAUCGCGCACCACCUUUAUCCGUGCCCGAUAGAGUAUCGCGUCGUCCCCUGGCGGUUGAUUACCAACACGGAUGUCCGUCUAAAAGGAAUUAAAACCUCUCGCAAACGUGGCGAUUACUGUGAAAUCAAAUUCUAACUAUCGCCGCAGACGUCGUCUCAUUGAUGUGUGACGCCGAGCGAGAUGAUCGAAAACUGUAAUGCGACAGUAGUUGAGUCUGCACAUUAAGAUUUGGCUUGAACAUUCGCUGUCCUCUGUCAUCGGUCCGUUGUAAAUGUUCACUGAUAAUCAAUCACUAUGGGAAAGCUGCUUUCCAAAAUUUUUGGUAACAAAGAGAUGAGAAUACUUAUGCUUGGUUUGGAUGCAGCUGGAAAAACAACUAUCUUGUACAAACUAAAAUUAGGUCAAUCUGUAACGACAAUACCAACAGUUGGCUUCAAUGUAGAAACAGUUAUUUAUAAAAAUGUCAAAAUUAAUGUUUGGGACGUUGGGGGUCAAGACAAAAUACGUCCACUAUGGCGACACUACUACACAGGCACACAAGGUUUGAUCUUUGUAGUAGAUUGUGCAGAUCGUGAUCGUAUAGAUGAAGCUAAGCAAGAGCUACAUCGGAUUAUUAAUGACAGAGAGAUGAGGGAUGCAAUCAUUUUAAUAUUUGCUAACAAACAAGACUUGACCAAUGCAAUGAAACCACACGAAAUACAAGAAAAACUUGGACUAACGAGAAUACGGGAUAGAAAUUGGUAUGUUCAACCAUCGUGUGCUACCACAGGAGAUGGAUUACAUGAAGGCCUUGCUUGGCUCACAUCAAAUUUUAAACAAUGAUAUCAAAGUAUAACACAAUAUUAUACUUUGAAUAUCAUUAUUAAUUUUUUUAAGAAAGCUUAGGACUAAAAGAAAUUCCAAACGUACAAAUUGAGUACAUUAAUUGUUAAUUAUAAAUAAAAGUGAACAUCAAUAUUUAAACUAAGAUGUCCAUUUUAAUAAUAAUUUCUCUGAGAGGACUGGCCUAAUAAAAUACUGAAUUAUUCACAAUUGUUUAAAUAUUAUAAUUAUAAAUUGUAUAAUGUGUACUGAACAAAAUUGUCAUGCGCUAAAACUGCCGAACUAUUUAUUUGAUGUGUAUAUUUGUAAAUUGAUUCCAAAUCAGUAUCAGUAUACAUAUUAGCUUAAACAAUAAAAAGUAAGCAAUAUUAUUUAUAUAUA